GUGCAUGGCUGUUUCCUAAUCCCAUAUCCCAGAGGAAGCAAACCUAGACCUGUGAUUGAGCAAGCCAGGCAACCCAAGGGCAGUCUCGAGCCCUCCCCUUGCCUGCCCUCCCCUGUGGGGGCCAGGAUGCUGAAGAAGCAGUCUGCAGGGCUUGUGCUGUGGGGUGCUAUCCUCUUUGUGGCCUGGAAUGCUUUGUUGCUUCUCUUCUUCUGGACACGCCCAGCACCUGGCAGGCUACCCUCAGAUAGUGCUCUUGAUGAUGAUCCUGCCAGCCUCACCCGAGAGGUGAUCCGCCUGGCCCAGGAUGCUGAGGUAGAGUUGGAACGUCAGCGAGGGCUGUUGCAGCAGAUCAGGGAGCACCAUGCUCUGUGGAGCCAGCGGUGGAGGGUACCCACUGUGGCUCCUCCUGCCCAGCCCCGGGUGCCUGUGACCCCACCUUCAGCUGUGAUCCCCAUCCUUGUCAUCGCCUGUGACCGCAGCACUGUCAGGCGCUGUUUGGACAAGCUGUUGCAUUAUCGGCCCUCAGCUGAGCACUUCCCCAUCAUUGUCAGCCAGGACUGUGGGCACGAGGAGACAGCCCAGGUCAUUGCUUCCUAUGGCAGUGCAGUCACGCACAUUCGGCAGCCUGACCUGAGCAACAUUGCUGUGCAGCCCGACCACCGCAAGUUCCAGGGCUAUUACAAGAUUGCCAGGCACUACCACUGGGCUCUGAGUCAGAUCUUCCACAAAUUCAAGUUCCCAGCAGCUGUGGUGGUGGAAGAUGACCUGGAAGUGGCACCAGAUUUCUUCGAGUACUUCCAGGCUACCUAUCCACUACUGAGGGCUGAUCCUUCCCUGUGGUGUGUCUCUGCUUGGAAUGAUAAUGGCAAGGAACAGAUGGUAGAUUCCAGCAAACCUGAACUGCUGUACCGCACAGACUUUUUUCCUGGCCUGGGCUGGCUGCUGUUGGCUGAGCUGUGGGCUGAGCUGGAGCCUAAGUGGCCCAGGGCCUUCUGGGAUGACUGGAUGCGUCGGCCUGAACAGCGGAAAGGGCGAGCCUGUGUGCGCCCUGAAAUUUCAAGAACGAUGACUUUUGGCCGCAAGGGUGUGAGCCACGGGCAGUUCUUUGACCAGCAUCUCAAGUUUAUCAAGCUAAACCAGCAGUUUGUGCCCUUCACCCAACUGGACCUGUCAUACCUGCAGCGGGAGGCAUAUGACCGGGAUUUCCUCUCCCGAGUCUAUAGUGCCCCCCAGCUACAGGUGGAGAAAGUGAGGACUAAUGAUCGGAAGGAGCUGGGGGAGGUGCGAGUGCAGUACACAAGCAGGGACAGCUUCAAGGCUUUUGCCAAGGCUCUGGGUGUCAUGGAUGACCUCAAGUCAGGUGUCCCCAGGGCUGGCUACCGGGGCAUUGUCACCUUCCAGUUCCGGGGUCGUCGUGUCCACCUGGCACCCCCACAGACCUGGGAUGGCUAUGAUCCUAGCUGGAAUUAGCAGUACCUGCCUGUCCCUGCUGGGUCCCUUAAUCGUUAUAUCAUGAGCUGAGACAGGACUGCAGUCCCUGGCUGUAUUAUCCUGUCAGUGUUUCCCUCUUGGGUCCAUUUUGUUUUUUUUUCUUUUUCCUUUCUUUUUUAUUUUUGUGUGUGGCCUUCGAGUGCACAAGUGACAAGAUGAGGGUUAUUCUCCCGUUCUCAGGGGAGUCAGGUAAAGAGAAUCAUUCUGGGAUAUAUUGGGAAAGAGAGGUAUUAAGCAGGAAACCACUGUGUGGUAGGUAAAGACUAGGGCUUGUUGGGGCCAGGACUGUCUAUGUCCUGAGUUUUUCUCUCUCUACAGAGAGGUUUGCAACUUUAGCUAACCUGGCCAGGCCUCUGCUUCCUGACCUGGAUCCUCCACAGAGCAUGAGCCCUCCUCCUGUACUAACUCCCUUUCCCACUUUCCCCCAGUGUGAGGCUGGGUUAUGUGAGAAGGGAACAUAUUGUGGCCAAAAUAAGACAAACCAAAGGGGUUUCACCAACAGGUCAGGGUGGAAUUGUUAAGGUUGCUGGAGUUUACUGCCUCCUUUCCUCUGUCUUUAUUGCUGACCUCUUCACAGCUCUUCUUUCUCUGUAGCAUAGCAUCUGUGGUUCUUAGAUGAAAAGAAGAGGUAAAGAAAGGCAAGACCCUGAGUCAUGCCCAGCUGUCAGGGAAAGGUUAUGGGAGGAAAGCCCAUGCUGGGGCAACCACCCCCUUCUUGCUUCACAGAGACACUAUCCCUGACCAACCUCCUUUCUAAGAAUCAGUCCCCUCUUUGUUGCUUUAGGAGGGUUCCAUGCUGGCUUGGUGGUAGAGAGAAUGAGGUCCUGAGUCCCUUUCCCCCCUGGAGUUUGAUGCACAGGCUACUCCCUAAGGGCUGUGGCUUCUGCUUGCCUCAGGGUAAGGUAGAGUAGUUGAGACCAGGACAGCUCUGGCUCUGCAGUAGGCUCUGUCUAGCCUCCUGAAGCAUUCCCAUGUCCUCACAUGCCAGGAUGCAGAUGGCAGGUUGGAGAGGAAUUUGUGUGUUUUUGUUUCUUGCCUGACCUCUGUUUCAUGGAAGAAAGUGGAAUCUACAAAAUUAUUUUCAAAAAUAAAGUAAAGGCUGAAUUGUCUGAAAAAAAAAAAUGUGUGUGUGUGAGGGUAUGUAUGUGUACGCAUCCUGGGAAAGGAGGUGGCAGAUAGGGGAACAAAGGGAAAGAGGGAGAAUGAGGCUAAGGGAAAGCUGAACAGGUGAAACAGUACUUUGAAGGAAGGAAGGAAAGCAAGUGACUAGACAAGAAAAACUGGGGGAGGAAAAGCCAAGGCACAGCUGAGGAGGGGAUAGGCUUGAAGGUAGCAAGGGCCGGCCUCAGGCUACACUCAGGCUACUGUUAAUCUGUAGAGUUUAGCUGUGGGCCCUCAGGAGCAUAGUAGGAGGGCAAACAUCCAAGGCCUGCUCUGUGAGAGAACAUGGGCAUCUCAACCUUGCAAGGGCCUGCUUUGUGCUGCCUGCCCUCUGCUGACCCAGAUGGCAUUUGGUGGUUGCCCUUCACCAGCUGCCUCCAGGAUGAUGCAUAGCAGAUACGGGGCAAUCUACGCAGUAGUUCUUAAAGACUCCUGAUUAUGACCCCAGCUGAGAAUGCCUUUCCAACAACACAGCACAUACACCCCUCACAUGUUUCCUGAAAUUUUAUUUACC